AUGUUUAUAUCUACCCGUUUAGUGUUAAUCUUAUUGCUAAAUUUCAUCUUUAUAAACGAACUCGUCAAGUUGUCGUUAUUCAAAUCCAGCAAACUAUUAGCUACGGCAUCUACUUCGCUUUUAAUAUUAGUUUCAUUAUACUACCUAUCGACAUUGAAUUCUGAGUCUGAAAUUUGGCAAAAAUACAUUCCCUUUAAUAUCCCACAACUACUCCAUAAAGCCAUGAACUCGUCGUCCCGAUUCGGAAGAACAGGAAUUAAUCGUUUUAAUAGAAAAAAGAGUAAAGAGCAAAAAUUUGCUAUUGCCAAUGGUGGUGAGGUUGGUGGGAUAAGUAAUGACGGAAACACUUGUUUUAUGAAUUCAGUGAUACAAUCGUUGGCGUCGUCGAGACAAUUUAUAAAGUUUAUUGAUUCGUAUCUUUAUUCGGAAAUUGAGAUUGAUAACAAAGGGGAAAAGAUUACUAUGAAAUCAAAUCAACCAAAGCCAGAAUUACCAUUCACAACGGCGUUGAAAAAGCUUUUGGACGACGUUAAUGGCAAAUAUGGAUCUAGAGGGAAGGAGUUUAGCACAAAGCCGUUGUUGAAUAGGAUGCCCAAUGGUCCUAGACAAAAUUUCUUUAGUGGAUAUAAUCAAGAAGAUGCACAAGAGUUUUAUCAGUUGAUUAUGAACAUUUUGGAAAAGGAGUUUAAAAAAAUCACUCAGAGCAGGUUGCCUACGCCGGAGCCAGAAGGAGAGAAAGAGACCAAAUUUCAAGAUGUUCGCAAUUUGAAGGAGAUUAUUUCUGGGUGUAAUAAACUAGGUAAAUUGGGUGUCGUUUAUGUCCCAGCUGCACAAGUCGAUCCCAAUUUGGAUGACGCAGGGCACAAAGUGAUGCCCUUGGAGUUGAUUACCCCAGUUGAUGGAAUUUCUUGCGAACGUAUUGGAUGUUUGACUUGUGGAGAAGUUGGUGGUAUACGAUAUGCUGUAACUAGUGGUUUGAGCUUAAACUUGCCACAAAACCAAUCUUACUAUUCCAGUUUCAAUUUGUCACAAUUGUUGAAUGAAUGGAUAACCCCGGAGAUUAUUGAUGAUGUGAAUUGUAAUCGAUGUGGGUUACUACAAACUCAAACUUUUCUCCUUAGUACUAUAGAAGAGCUCGAAAAGAAGGAAAAUAACACAAAACUUAUUGAUCAGAUAAAGACUAGAUUAUCCGCCAUCGAAACAGAACUAGCUAAACCUCAAGUGACUGAUGAAGCUUUUGAGAAGCUCACAGUUAAAAAGCAAAUUAAAAAGAGCAGAAAGUCUAAGCAAAUAUUUUUGGACAGACCACCGCCAUUGCUUAGCGUGCACAUCAAUCGUUCACAAUUUGAUCCAAAAACGUACAUGGUGGUGAAGAACCCAAAUAAUGUAACUUUUCCCGCAGUGUUGGAUUUAUCGCCGUACAUUGUUGAACCAAAUCAAAUAAACAUGGAUGCAAGAUUGCCCUUUAGAAAACAGGAUGAAGAUUUAAAGUACAAUGACGUUGGUUCGUCUGUUGACGAAACUGCACCAACAUCUGUCGAUGAAACGGUGCCAACAUCUCAAGAAUCUAAUGAUGGCCUACUUUCCCCUAAUGGCACAGCAAUAACCACUGCCUCUUCUGAUCCUAAACUAUUGUAUAAUUUGAAGGCAGUUAUUGUACAUUUCGGUACUCACAACUAUGGCCAUUACAUUUGCUAUAGGAAGUUGAGAGGUACUUGGUGGAGGAUCAGUGAUGAAUCAAUUUACGUUGUUACUGAAGCCGAGGUAUUGAGUGGACAGGGUACAUUUAUGUUGUUUUAUGAGUAUAACGACGGAUUCGUUGAAAUAUUGCAAAAUGUAUCUGAUGACGAGGUAGAAGAAAGGUCUAGUCCCGAAGCUAAGGAUAGCAGUGAUGAGGAGAAGGAAAGUGAUGAAGACAAGGGGAUUGAUGCGCAGAAGCUGGAUGAUGAGGAGAAACAAGGUGAUGAGCAGAAGCAGAGUGACAGCAACAAGGAAACAAAGCCUGCUGUAGGCGACAGUGAUGACGAAACAGGACAGACUAAGGAUGCCGAGGAUUCAGCAAUGUCAACGUCAGUCUCUGACGUGUCAAUGAAGGACGAAUCGGAGUUCAAUGUCGCUGAAGCUCAGGUGCAUUUGUAG